AUGGCACUCAUUUGUACUAGAUUAUCAGGCCUGCUCCAUUUAGCUGUCAGAAAAAGUGUUUCUAGUUUUAGCCAAAAACCGUCCCCGAAUAUAUUAACCCGGUUUAAUAGCUCUGCGUUAUUUAUUCCUGGGAAUAAGGCGAAUGAAACCUUUGCAGUGUUAACACCUUACUUCGACUGUGAUGAACGUUUUUCAAACAUGGAUGAAUUAAAAAAGAACUUGCAACUUCGAGGGUUGGAUAUGGAUGUGGAUAGCAUAAAGAAGUCGUGGGAUUUUUAUAAAAAAGUUAAUUCAGAUCGCGUGUCAAUAGAGGACAGAAGAGUCGAAGUGGCUACUCAAAUCAAAGCUCGAUCCCAAAAAACUGACCGAACUGAAAAUGAUGAGCUUGAAAUUGCCCGGCUCAAAAGCCUUGGCAAAGUUCUGAGGGAGGAUUUGAAAGUCUUAAAAGAAGUCUUGUGGGAAUUGGAAGGCUCUGUUAUUAUUAAAGCAUUAAAAUUGCCGAAUUUUAUACACGACCAAAUUCCUGAAACAGUUCCGUCGGUCCUUCAUACAGUUGGAGAAACCAUUUCUACCAAUACCGGGAGUUCAUCAAAGAAUCAUAUAGAAAUUGGCGAGCGCUUAGGCCUUCUAGAUUAUACCAGCCCUAUGAAUUACUACUUACUAAAUGAUGCAGCUCUUUUUGAAUUGGGUAUACUUCGAUUGGCCAGCGACGUGCUCAGCUCGGUUGACAUGCUGCACGUUACUGGUCUGGAUUUUACCCGUAGUGUAAUUGUAGAGGGUGCUGGUGUUGAUCACGAAGAUCAUGACGUAACAUUUAUUCUUCAGGAUAAUGAAGAAAUUGACCAGCAUUCUUGCAAUCGGAUGCACCUUGUGGGGGGUGCAAGCCUGGCAUCUUUUCUUGCAAUGCAUACAAAGCAAUUGAUCAAUCCAAAAGAUUUUCCUUUGAGGUAUUAUGCAACAGGGAGACAGUAUAAUCCUUUUUCGCGUACUAUGCAAGAAGCUGGAUUGUUUACAGUGUGUCAGUCUUCUGUUGUUGAAGUUUUUACAGUUGUUAAAGACUUUAGAAAUAGUGAAUAUAGAGAUGAAUUCGAUAAGAUCAUUAGGUUGACACAGCUUCUGUACGACGAACUUUGCAGUCACCAUCGAACUGUGGUAAGACCGGCAAGAGAAUUAAGGUCAUGGGAGAGCAUGCGUGUUUCAUUCGAAGUCUGGUCUUCGUAUCUCUCAAGAUAUGUAGAAGUUGGGCAUAUUUCCAUGUGCGGCGAAUAUUUUAGCAAGAGAUUAUUGAUUGGCUGUCAAACACCGCAUGGCAGAACUUUUCCGUCAGUAAUUUCUGGUACUAUAUUAUCUGUUCCAAGGCUUCUCGGAUGUCUUCUAGAACAAUACCCAGACGGGUUUUUAAUUCCAGAAAAGGUAAAAGAACACAUAUGUGUACCAUCUUCAUCAAACAUAUCUGGAUGAUUAAUGUAUAUAAAUUAUUUACUGUACCCAUGUAAUUCAGAAAUUCGUGAUACAAGUUGUAUUAUUUGUAUGAAUAAAAACAGCUAGUCUGAGAUAAUGUACCAUUUCAUUUAAAAAAUUGUCAUCCGUUUGUAUAUACGAAGUUUUUUCAAUUCAAAUGUGAUACGGCAGAAUUGCCGAUGACGUCAGCGGCAACUUUGGUUCCAAUUUUUGUCGCGUGAGCGUUUUCCCUUAAGGGCUGAGCGCCAUAUUUCAAAUUUUAUAGCUGAAAGAUUGAAUAAAACACCGAUCAACCUGUA